AUGAAGGCACAAAGUCUACAGAGAUGGACCGAGCAUUUCCGAGACGUCCUCAAUCGCCCCUCCGCCAUCUCCGACUCCGCCAUCGCCCGUUUGCCGCAGGUGGAGACCAAGGUGGACCUCGACCUCCCGCCGUCUCUCCAGGAAAUCAUCAGGGCCCUGCAGCAGCUCUCUAGCCGGAAAGCUCCCCGAUCGGACGCAAUUCCUGCUGAGAUUUACAAGCACGGAGGUCUCCAACUGAUGGAUCACCUGACUGAGCUCUUCCAGGAGAUGUGGCGUCAAGGUGAAGUCCCGCAAGAUUUCAAAGACGUAACCAUCGUGCAUCUCUACAAGCGAAAAGGGAACCGCCAAGUCUGCAGCAAUCACCGUGGCAUCUCCUGGCUGAACAUCGCCGGGAAGAUUUCGCCCGCAUCCUUCACAACCGCCUCAAUAAUCAUCUGGUACAGGGUCUACUGCCGGAAAGCCAAUGCGGCUUCCUUCGUUAUCGUGGGACCACGGAUAUGAUCUUCGCCGCACGUCAAUUUCAGGAGAAGUGUCAGGAGAUGCGGACCCACCUGUACUCUACCUUCGUGGACCUGACGAAAGCCUUCGACACUGUGAAUCGUGAAGGACUGUGGAAGAUCAUGCAGAAAUUCGGCUGUCCGGAGCGAUUCACUCAGAUGGUGCGUCAGCUGCACGACGGUAUGAUGGCGCGAGUCACAGACAACGGAGCUGUCUCAGAGGCAUUCGCAGUGACCAAUGAAGUGAAGCAGGGCUGCGUACUGGCGCCUACCCUCUUUAGCCUUAUGUUCUCUGCCAUGCUGAUGGACGCCUACAGUGAUGAACGUCCUGGGAUCCGCAUCGCCUACAGGACAGACGGCCACCUUAUGAAUCAACGGCGGAUGCACUUCCAAUCGCGCGUAUCCACAACCACCGUUCACGAACUUCUCUUCGCCGAUGACUGCGCUCUGAACACAAUCUCGGAAGAGGAGAUGCAACGGUGCAUGGACCUGUUCUCCGCCGCCUGAGAACUUCUGUCUGGUCAUUAACACGCAGAAGACGAUAGUGAUGCAUCAAUCGCCACCCUACUCAGUCACAGCCCCCAACGCGCCGCCGUAAAUUAGCGUGAACGGAACCCAACUGCAAGUGGUGGAGAACUUCCCGUACCUGGGCAGCACCCUCUCCCUUAACACCAAAAUCGAUGACGAAGUCGCUCGCAGGAUCUCAAGAGCCAGUCAAGCCUUCGGUCGCCUUCAAAGCACAGUCUGGAAUCAUCAAGGUCUCCAACUGAGCACGAAGCUGAAGAUGUACAAGGCCGUCAUCCUGCCGACGCUGCUGUACGGAGCGGAGACUUUGAUAGCAUACACAAAGCAGGCUCGUCGACUGAACCACUUUCACCUCAGUUGUCUCCGUCACAUCCUGAGGCUGAACUGGCAGGAUCGAAUCCCCGACACUGAUGUGCUGGAACGGACGGGAAUCGUCAGCAUCUACACCAUGCUGAGACAAAUGCAGCUGCGCUGGGGCGGCCACCUGGUGCGCAUGGACGACGAGCGACUACCCCAACGACUGUUAUACGGAGACGUUGCGACGGGCUCUCGCCGCCAAGGAGGCCAAAUUCGUCAAUACAAGGAUACUCUGAAGUCCUGCCUGAAGCAUCUGCAAAUUAACCCGAUCAACUGGGAAGAGCUCGUCCUCGACCGACCUAUAGAAGGAAAGUGA